AUGCCGGUCCUUGUCGAAGCGCCGGGCGUACGUGCGGACCUUGGUCUCGCGCAUGGCACGCCCGAGUCGCCCGGGCCGCGCGAGACGCACUUGGCGUCGGUGCCGUCGCAUCGCGUGCCGCCCGGCUUCCGUGGGCCUAUACCGCGCGAUGGCGACGCGGAAGACACAAUGCCAGCUCCAUCCUGGACGCCUAUGUGUGCGGAUGCCAGCCUGGGCACGACGCCGCAUCUGCCGAUGAACAAGGGCGGCUGGCGGUACAUGGCCGCAGGCCCCGCGGCGCAGAUGCUGCCCACGACUGUGUACCGCACACUGGAUAUUGCGCCGGCCUGUGUGCACUGGUCAUGGCAGGAUCGAAGCGCCUUUACACGCAUUAGUGCCGAUGCCAUGGUCGUCGGCACAGACAAAGGGUACCGCAGCGCCCGCACCAACGUGGGCGUGCGACAGGGCGCAUGGUACGUGGAGCUCGAAGUGCUGCCGCCCGAUGCAUCGAGCGAGCCGCCCGUGCCGAUGCGCGAUGGGCCACAUGUGCGCGUCGGCUGGGGCCGCCGUGAAGCGUCGCUCAAUGCGCCUGUCGGCUGGGACGCCUACAGCUACGGCCUGCGCGAUCAGACGGGCGCAUGCGUGACACAGUCGCGCCUCGCACCCCUUGGCCGCGCGUUUGGACCUGGCGACGUGGUCGGCCUGUACAUCCGCCUGCCGCCGCACGACGCGGCGCUGCGGCCCGGCACAGAGCGCCGCAUCGCCCAGAAGCGCAUCCCGAUCCGGUAUCGGGGACAACUCUACUUUGAAAGUCUCGAGUAUGCACCGACGCGUGCGAUGGAGGCGCUCAUGGAGCAGCAGCGGCGCGGUGGCCUGGGGUGGGACGCGCAUGCAGCGCCGCCUGACGAGAAGCGCGCGCGCCCUUCGCGUGCGCCGGCGCCGCACGACACGCAGCGCCCAGCGCCGCCGACGCUGCCUGACAGCUGCAUUGGCUUCGUGGUCAAUGGCGAGCCGCAGGGCAUAGCGUUUGCGGACCUGUUCGACUUCCGCCCGCCGGUCGCGCGGACAAAGAAGAAAAAAGAGGAGAUCUCGACGUAUGCGAGCGUGAGCACGAUUCUCAAGAGCCGCCAAAAUGAGUACGAUGACGGGAUGCUGGGCUACUAUGUCAUGGCGUCCAUGUACGGAGGCGCGCGCGUGCGAUUGCGUGCCGACACAUUCCGAUACCCGCCACCCGCCGACUUGGAGGACGCGCUGUGGCGCGCUGGUGCAGCGCCCGGCGUGGAGCGCGCCCAGCAAAAGGCGGCCCCAGCAUGGCGCCCACUGGCAGAGCGCGAGGCAGCGGCUCUGGACCGCGACGACGACGCACUAGCGGCGAGCGCGGCGAGCUAG